AUGCUUCUGAAGAGCGGAGCCGAUGUGAACGCAGAGCAAGAGAACGGCUGGUCGCCGCUGCUGUUGGCUGCAGAGCAGGGUCACACAGAGGUCGUGAAGAUCCUGCUGCAGAACAAUGCCAGAGUGGACGUGUUUGAUGAGGCUAACGGUUUGUGUCCGCCUGCUGGCGGUCAUACGGAGGUGGUGAAAGUUCUUCUGGACGCUGGAGCAUCAGUGACGGAGGAGGACGCCGAGGGCAUGACACCCAUACAUUUGGCUGCCAAGAAUGGACACACUCAUAUUCUGGAGGUGCUGAAAGGCAGCGUUUCACUGAAGAUCCAGAGCUCCAAGAUGGGUUUAACGGCUCUGCAUGUGGCAGCCUGUUUCGGACAGGUGGACUUUGUGAGAGAAAUCCUGAAUGAAGUUCCAGCUACAAUACGCAGUGAAUUUCCCACCAACAGCAGCGACAUGAAGAGACAACUGCCGUUAGCUGAGUCAGGUUACACUCCUCUGCACCUGGCGGCUCAGUCCGGUCAUGAGAACAUGGUUCGCUUGUUGCUGAAUUCUCCUGGUGUUCAGGCCGAUGCUGAGACAAACAUUCAGGGCUCCAGUCCUCUGCACCUGGCGGCUCAGAGCGGACACACGGCUGUGGUCGGGCUGCUGCUCAGCCGCUCUGGAUCUCUGCUGCACCUGAUCGACAAACGUGGAUGUACCUGUCUGCAUCUGGCCGCCACACACGGACACGUGGCCAUGGUGAGAGUCCUGCUGGGACAGGGAGCGGAGAUCAACCACACGGACAUGAGUGGCUGGACACCGCUGCAUUACGCGGCUAAAGCCGGCUGUCUGGAGGUGGUGUCGUUCCUGGUGGAGAGCGGAGCAUUGGCGUGUGUCAAAUGUCAUGCCGGACGGACGCCGCUGCAGUACGCCGCUCAGGAGAACCACGAGAAAACUGUCAUCUUCCUGCUCAGACGAGAGAAGAACACACUCCUCACAAGAAGCCGGCUGUCUGGAGGUGGUGUCGUUCCUGGUGGAGAGUGGAGCAUUGACGUGUGUCGAAUGUCAUGCCGGACGGACGCCGCUGCAGUACGCCGCUCAGGAGAACCACGAGAAAACUGUCAUCUUCCUGCUCAGACGAGAGAAGAACACACUCCUGACAAGAAGGUCAGACUCACUGAUAUGCUCUUCAACACUAUCCCAAUCGAGAAGUUCAUGAGUCACCUGGUGUCGCACAUCUUCCUGUUGGCCCUGUUCAUCCUGACGAUUGUGUAUCCGCCCAUGAGUCCUCUGUCUGAGGGCCGUCUGGUGCCCGGCUGGUCGGAGUGUCUGUUGCUGAUCUGGCUCUGUGGGAUGCUGGUGUCCGAGCUGACCAUCCCAGGUGAGCGUGCUGGUUUAGCGUGGAUUCGUCUUCUUCUCCUGGGUUUUUCCGCCGUGGCUCUGCUGUGCCACCUGCUCGCGGUUUUCACCCAAUGGUGGCCACCGGCGCACCUGCACUGCCUGUUCGCCCGGAACGUCCUGCUGGCCAUGGCGAUGACACUGGGAUUCAUCCAACUACUGGAGUUCCUCACGUUCCAUCACUUAUUCGGCCCGUGGGCCGUAAUCAUCCGAGACUUGAUGAAGGAUCUGUCUUGGUUCGCUGUGAUCCUCAUGUUGUUCCACACUGCCUUCACGCUGAGUCUCACCGCUUUGUGUCAGCCGCUGUAUCCACAAGAUUGGGACAACAGCACCGGUAACGCCACGCAAGUGACCAUUCCGGGUCCUUUAAACAUGUCUGUGCUGCUCUUCUUCGCUUUGUUUGGUUUAACCGAACCGGAUAAAAUUCCCGAAGUGGAGCAUUCGCCUGCUGCCACGGCUGUUUUGGCUAAAAUGGUAUUUGGUGUGUAUCUGGUGGUGACGUCCAUCAUGUUGAUCAACCUCCUCAUCGCCAUGAUGAGCGACACAUACCAGCGCAUCCAGGCUCAGUCCGACACGGAGUGGAAGUUUGGCCGCGCCGUUCUGAUCCACGAUAUGAGCCGCAAGUCUGGAAUUCCGUCUCCGUUCAACCUGUUCACCAACCUGUUCUACUCCAUCAAGGUUCUCUGCAGACGUGCAGGUAGGAUCUGCUCUGUGGAGUGUCAUAAUGUGAAGAAUGAGGAUGAAGACACUGAAGGUUUGACAGACUCGCGUUCUCUAGAGCUGCUGGCUCAUGCGUCUGUCAGCUUAAUUAAUUCAAUCGCGUUGUGUUACUGUGCAGGCGGUCAGAUUGCGAUGUCCAUGUCUGGAGGACAGGUGCGCGUGGAGAACGUUGUGGAUUGGCCAUCUGUGGUCCAGCAGUUUUUAGCCCAGCGCAGACAGAGGGACAGAUCACCGCCGGAGAGAGACGAAUGAAUGACCGACCGUUUUCACCAUGACAGAUGAAUUUGCACUGCCUAUUAACAUCAGUCCAGCCACCUGAGCCGAGCCCACAUCACUUCAACUUCCUGUUUAACACCGUUAGCUUUAGCGUAUCACAGCAUGUGCCUUUAGCUGAUAUACACUCCUCACUAGUCACUUUAAAGGGGUCAUAUGAUG